GAAGGAGGCUGGGGUAGCGGAGUAUUGGAGCGUCGGUCUCUGUUGCUGCGCGCUAAUCCCGGUGAUGCUGCCGACCGCUCCGGCGUUGCGCAUGCUGAGGAGUCCCUCACGCCUGGUCCCGGUGGGAUGAAGACUCGCUGUGUGCGCUGAAACAACGGGGGAGGGAAUCAAGAUGAAGAUAAGAGUGGGGUUUGGUGGCAUCAUCAUCGUUACCAUGGUUACAGGAUUUAUGGUUGUGUACAACAGCAGCUCUGGUGGGAGAUGGCCUUCCUCUGCAUCCAGAUCACUGCACUCCCACCACAAGGAUGCUCCAGGCACAAAGAGAAAACAGAGUGUGCAAGUUUCCACUCUGGAAGGGGUUGCAGGUAUCAUGGACCUUAAGCCUCUGAAGAUGCAUUGCAGGACGUGCGCCCUGGUGACCAGCUCUGGCCACCUGACUGGCAGCAAUAGGGGCGAGGAAAUCGAUCACUCGGACUGCGUCAUUCGAAUGAACGACGCUCCCUGCGCAGGGCAUCACCCGGAUGUAGGAAGGCGCACGAGUCUCCGUGUUGUGGCUCACUCCAGCCUGCAAAGGGUGCUCCGGGGCAGACAGGAACUGCUCAACAGGAGCCAGGACACAGUGUUCAUCUUCUGGGGUCCAAGCAGCUGCAUGAGACGGGACGGUAGAGGCCAUGUUUACAACAACCUCAAACUGUUAAAACACCUACUGCCCAAACUUAAAGUGUACACGAUCUCCCGGUCUAAGAUGCUGAAAUUUGAUGAGUUAUUCAAGAAGGAAACAGGCAUCGAUAGAAAGAGCUCCAACUCCUGGCUGAGCACCGGCUGGUUCACCAUGGCUAUGGCCCUGGAACUGUGCGACAGGAUCAACGUGUUCGGCAUGGUGCCCCCCAAUUUCUGUAGAUCCUCUUUACAUCCCACGGUCCCGUAUCAUUACUACGAGCCAUCGGGGCCAGACGAGUGCGCCAUGUACCUCCUUCACGAGAGAAGUCGAAAAGGAAGCCACCACCGAUUCAUCACAGAGAAGACUGUGUUUUCAAACUGGGCUCAAACUCUGAACAUCCACUUUUACCAGCCGGACUGGAAGCCCUCUCCCGUCAUCACACAUGUGAAUAACUCACGAGCCCCAAGUCCAGCCGGAUCCUGAAUCUGUCUCCACAGAUGAUCCCUGCAGGAGAGAGUUUCCAGUUUCCAGAGAGAAUAUUCCCUCUCAGAUCACUGGGAAACAACCAGGGCUGGCCCAAGGUUGAACUGGACUAAGUUUUGGACACCACAUUUAAAUAGCAUCACACUUCAGUACUAGACUUUUUAUGUAUUUAAAAAAAACCUUUUAGGAUAAAUUACCUGUAAUCUGUAAAUAAAUUCCUUACAAUCAUAUAA